AUGGCGACUGUCAUUCACAACCCCCUGAAAGCGCUCGGGGACCAGUUCUACAAGGAGGCCAUCGAGCACUGCCGCAGCUACAACUCGCGGCUGUGCGCCGAGCGCAGCGUGCGGCUGCCCUUCCUGGACUCGCAGACGGGCGUAGCGCAGAACAACUGCUACAUCUGGAUGGAGAAGAGGCACCGCGGCCCGGGCCUUGCUCCGGGCCAGCUGUACACAUACCCUGCGCGCUGCUGGCGAAAGAAGAGGAGAUUGCACCCUCCUGAGGAUCCAAAGCUGCGGCUGCUGGAAAUCAAACCCGAAGUAGAGCUGCCCCUGAAGAAGGAUGGGUUCACCUCAGAGAGCACCACGCUGGAAGCCUUGCUCCGAGGCGAGGGGGUUGAGAAGAAGGUGGACACCAGAGAGGAGGAGAGCAUCCAGGAAAUACAGAGGGUCUUGGAAAAUGAUGAGAAUGUAGAAGAAGGAAACGAAGAAGAAGAUUUAGAAGAGGAUAUUCCUAAGCGGAAGAACAGGACCCGAGGACGGGCCCGUGGCUCUGCAGGUGGCAGGAGGAGGCAUGACCCCGCCUCUCAGGAAGACCACGACAAACCUUACGUCUGUGACAUCUGUGGCAAGCGCUACAAGAACCGACCAGGACUCAGCUACCACUACGCCCACACUCACCUGGCCAGUGAGGAGGGGGAUGAAGCUCAAGACCAGGAGACCCGGUCCCCACCCAACCAUAGAAAUGAGAACCACAGACCCCAGAAAGGUCCGGAUGGGACAGUAAUUCCUAAUAACUACUGUGACUUCUGCCUGGGAGGCUCCAACAUGAACAAGAAGAGCGGGCGGCCUGAGGAGCUGGUGUCUUGUGCAGACUGUGGACGCUCUGGUCACCCGACCUGCCUGCAGUUCACCCUGAACAUGACUGAGGCUGUCAAGACCUACAAGUGGCAGUGCAUAGAGUGCAAAUCCUGCAUCCUCUGUGGGACCUCGGAGAAUGAUGACCAGCUCCUCUUCUGUGAUGACUGUGACCGUGGCUACCACAUGUACUGUCUAAAUCCCCCUGUGGCUGAGCCCCCAGAAGGAAGCUGGAGCUGCCACUUGUGCUGGGAACUGCUCAAAGAAAAAGCCUCGGCCUUCGGCUGCCAAGCCUAG